UGCGUGUGUGUACGUGUGUGUACGUGUGCAGGACUGAUUGAGUGCGUGUGUGUGUAUGUGUCCAAUGGCCGUGCUUGCGUGUGUGUACGUGUGUGUACGUGUGCAGGACUGAUUGAGUGCGUGUGUGUGUAUGUGUCCGUCUGUGCGCGAAUGGCCGUGCUUGCGUGUGUGUACGUGUGUGUACGUGUGCAGGACAGAUUGAGUGCGUGUGUGUGUAUGUGUCCAAUGGCCGUGCUUGCGUGUGUGUACGUGUGUGUACGUGUGCAGGACAGAUUGAGUGCGUGUGUGUGUAUGUGUCCGUCUAAUGGCCGUGCUUGCGUGUGUGUACGUGUGUGUACGUGUGCAGGACUGAUUGAGUGCGUGUGUGUGUGUGUGUCCAAUGGCCGUGCUUGCGUGUGUGUACGUGUGUGUACGUGUGCAGGACUGAUUGAGUGCGUGUGUGUGUGUGUGUCCAAUGGCCGUGCUUGCGUGUGUGUACGUGUGUGUACGUGUGCAGGACAGAUUGAGUGCGUGUGUGUGUAUAAUGGCCGUGCUUGCGUGUGUAUACGCGUGUGUACGUGUGCAGGACUGAUUGAGUGCGUGUGUGUGUAUGUGUCCGUCUGUGCGCGAUUGAGUGCGUGUGUGUGUAUGUGUCCGUCUGUG